AUGAACGGCGUUAUCGAGGCACUGUACCUCUAUGACGAUCAUAGAAAUGUCCUCCUCUCACAUACCUACACGGGGCGGCCACUCUCCGCCAACUCGAUACUGUCUCUCUACCUAGAGCAGCCGGCCCCCCAACCGAAUCUGAUAUACCUCCCUAACACCAACCCGCCUACGCUUCUCUUUAGCUUAACGCAUGCGAAUCUUCUCUGUCUUGUAACCGCAUCCUCCGAGAUCGAGCCUCUCCUGGUUCUGGAAUUUAUGCAUCGAGUGAUAGAUGCGCUGGAAGACUUCCUUGGUGCCCCCUUGCUAGCCGUCAAUAUCGAGAACAGCUACGAUGUGGUGGCUCAGAUUCUUUCAGAAGUCUGCGAUGCAGGCAUGAUUAAUACGACGGAGCCCAAUGCGCUCCGGGAACUGGUCGAAAUUGAAGGGUGGAUGGGCAAGCUGCUUGGAAGUAUCAACCUUCCCGGGUAUGGCUCGCUCUCUCCUCACAAUAUGUGCGGCGUAAAAUCACCCUCUCCUUCACCUUCGAGCGCGAUCGAGUCUUCAUUCUCUUCCAACAGUGCACCGGCAUUACCGUGGAGGCGACCAAACGUGCGCCACACGUCCAACGAGAUGUACGCUGACGUUGUCGAGACACUGUCGGUCACUCUCGCGCCCUCGGGCAGACCGAUUUCUGCUUUUGCAAACGGCACGAUUGCUUUUACCUCGAAAGUCUCUGGAGUACCUGACAUUACUCUCACCCUGACCAGCCCUUCCGGGAAGCACAAUAUCGGCGGCAUCAUGGAACUCCCAGUAUUUCACCCUUGCGUGCGGUUGAACAGGUGGAGAGAACGGCCUGGCGAAUUGAGUUUCAUACCACCGGAUGGACGGUUUAUCCUGGCGGGCUACGAAGUGGACUUGCUCCCGUUCACUGGUGGACAGAGCGGAAACAUUUCUAAUAAUCUCAAGCUGCCGGUCAGCCUGGAGGUGAAGUCUGGACUUGGCGCGACAGGAGCCGACUUUGAAAUCCGACUACAGGCUCACAAGGUAUUUGGAACAUCGAGCUCGGGCAUAGGGAGUCAACUGGGAAGAGGAGGACCUGGAAGACUGGGCGCUGGACUGGGCGCUGGACCUCAAGCAGGAACGGCCGCCUCACCACUACUCGACGACCUCACAGUUACGGUACCAUUACCCGCAGGGGUGAGGAAUUUAUCAGAGGUUCGCCCCAGCAAAGGUGACGCGAGCUUCAACCCAGGAGACAGGGUGCUGGAAUGGCACAUCCCCGCAAAGGAGAUGUCUGGCCCUACAUCCUACUUCGGGCUGCGAUGCACUGUGGUUGGCCCCCUUACUGAGGAGGAAGAUAAUGAUUCUGAUGCUGGCGGCCUCGGGUUCAAUACCGAUUUCCCCUACGACGAGCCUUACCAGAGUAGGUCCUCAGCAAAGGCUGAGCCUGAGCCAAAGGUCGAUGACAAGGAGAGGGAUGCGAAAAAGGUCGCACAGAACAAGAUUCUGAUGCCGACAUCAGCCUCAGUCAGCUUCUCUGUCAAGGGGUGGCUGGCAAGCGGCCUUAAGGUGGAGAGCAUUGUGCUUGAUAUUCGGAAAAGUAGGGGAUUGGGCGAAAGUGUCAAACCGUACAAGGGUGUCAAGUAUCUAACAGUGAGCAAGAAUGGGGUGGAAGCACGCUGCCUCGCCCGUGCGCCUGUAUGGAGCAGGGCACGAUGGAUUUCGACGCAAUCCAAGCGCCCGAAGACGGCCAUAUUCUUUCCAGGCCACGGCGUGCAGCGAGUGGGCAUGCUCAGCCCGUGGGUUGAGGCUUUCCCGUCGACGGCGUCCCAGAUUAUUCAAGAGAUAGACCACACCCUCGGAUAUAAACUCACAGACAUCAUCCAGCAUGGGCCAUCCCGGACCUUGACUGAGACGACAAACUCACAGCCCGCCAUCAUGGCCACCUCCAUCCUCAUCCUGCGCAUCCUCGAGCGAGAAUUCAACUUCAAGGUCGAGGAGCAGUUCGACUUCACACUCGGCCAUUCCCUGGGGGAGUUUGCGGCGCUCAUCGCCGGAGGCUACAUCUCCUUCGAAGACAGCCUCUACCUGGUGCACAUGCGCGCCAGGGCCAUGUCGGAAGCCACCCGGCGGGCAGUGACGGACUACGGCGGCGAGUACGGGAUGAUCGCGGUGAUCACCGAGCCGCCCUACCUGAAGAGCCUGAUAAAGACGAUCCAGGGCUUCGUGGGACCGACCAGGGCCGGGGACGAGGCCUCGACCAGGGAAGACCUGCCCCCCAUUGAGCAGGUGUCGAUCGCCAACAUCAACAGCCAGAACCAGAUCGUCCUCAGCGGCAGCAUCGAGCGGAUCCGGAUGCUGAUUGCGCACGUGCGGCAGUUCCUGGGCCACGACCCCCGGGCGGUGCGCCUCAACAGCGACAGCCCGUUUCACAGCCCCAUCAUGAAGCCGGCGGUCUCGGUCAUGCACAAGCUGCUGAGCCAGAAGAGCAGGACGCCGGGGAGGGAGGACGAGGAUAUCAUUACCUUUCCUGGGCGGCUGCCUUGUAUCAGUAACGUCAAUGCGAGGGAGUUUCAGAGCAAGGAGCAGUUGAAGGACCUGCUCGCCCGCAGCUGCCUGGAGACCGUGCAGUGGUGGAAUAGUAUCAAGUAUCUCGACCAGGAAGUCAAGAUUCGACGCUGGGUGGGGAUUGGGCCGGGCUAUGUCGGGCGCAACCUCGUCGGCAAGGAGGUCGGCAUGAGAGGAAAAGACAUGGUCAAGGGGGGCGGUGUAUGGGCUAUCACUGACCCUUCGGAGAUCGAGGAAGUUCUGAGAGGGCUGGAAGAGACGAAUAAUAUCAAAGACGAGGACGGGACAGAAGCAGAGCGGAAAGAGCAGGAGGAGGAGCGGGAACGAAAGCGGAAGCUGAAGCUGAAGGCCGAGCACGAGAGACUGCGAGGUGGAUUUGAGCCUUGGGAUGGACGUGAUUCCAUUUAA